AUGGCGACAUUUGACUGGCAUGCCGAAAGAACCGAUCUCUCAAAUAUAGCACUUUUAGACCGGGCUCCCGAGAGCGAGGGAAUCGAUCUGAAAGCGGUGCGUCUCUAUAGACUGGGACGUGUGCGCGAACAAAUGGCCAGAUAUGGCAUCGAUGCUGUCAUCCUCUCAGACCCAAUCAAUAUUCGCUACACUACCGGGAGUCGAAACAUGCAGGUGUUUAGCAUGCGCAAUGCGCCAUCACGAUACUUGCUUUUGACUACAAAGCGCUCGAUUCUGUUUGAGUUUACAGGAUGUCUGCAUUUGAGUCAAGGAUAUGAGACGAUUGAUGAAGUGCGCCUGGCUAAAACCGCGAGUUUUGUUGCGGCAGGUCCUAACAUCGAGAAGAAGGAAAUGGCAUGGGCAGAGGAGAUGGGAGAAUUGAUCACAUCACUGGUUGGCAAGUCUGCGACAGUUGGAUUGGAACGACUCAAUGCCAAUGCGGCUAUCGCAUUGAAGGAUCUUGGCUUCACGAUUGUUGACGCUCAGCGGCCUGUCGAAAUGGCCAGGGCGAUCAAGUCAGCCGAAGAGGUCAAGUGUAUUGUGGCAUCACUACGGGCGACUGAAACUGCCGUUGGUGUUCUAAGAGACACAAUUCGACCGGGAAUCACCGAGAACGCGCUAUGGUCAGUUUUACAUCAGUCAAUCAUUGCUCAGAAUGGCGACUAUUGUGAGACGCGACUUUUGAGUGCAGGCAGACGGACCAACCCCUGGUUCCAAGAAGCAGCAAGCUAUGUUAUCGGCAAGAAUGAGCUUAUUGGCCUUGACACAGACGUCGUUGGGUGCCAUGGCUACUAUUCGGAUUUCUCACGAACGUUUCAUGCAGGGCCUGAUUAUCCUUCUGAGAAGCAACGAACGCUCUACAAGGUUGCCUAUGAGCAAGUGACUCACAACAUGAGUAUUCUACGCCCCGGUCUUAGCUUUCGUGAAUACGCGGAACUCGCGUGGGAUAUCCCGGAAAAGUACUAUGACAAUCGGUAUUAUCUCUCGGCGCAUGGUUGCGGAAUGACAGGAGAAUACCCAUACCUAUAUCACCGCGGUGACUUUCCUGAUGCGGGUUAUGAUGGUAUUAUUGAAGCUGGAAUGGUAAUAUGUGUUGAGAGCUAUAUUGGCGAGAAGGGGGGAACGGAGGGGGUAAAGCUUGAGCAGCAGGUUUUAAUUACUGAUACUGGCAUUGAAGUCUUAUCAAAGUUUCCAUUCGAAGAGAAUAUGUUACAUUAG